UCCACGACUUGUAGAUCCUGUAUGGGUGUUGGGGAAUACUGUCUAAACGGAAUAAUGACGCUCUGAAAUUAAAGCAGGCAUAUGCCAAGUAGACACAGAUGUAAUUAUAUGUUUUAGUUUACUUGUGUCACUUAAGAAGACAUUUCUCAAUUCCGAAAUCACCGAAAAUGAGGUAGAAAUUCGUAACACGUGACCGCUGGGGCGACAUGAUAGUUAGCUACGUAGCUAAUUCACAUGGUCUUUUUUGACCAAAUUCUGCGCUGACAUUAAACUUUAAACGGAACCAUUGUCUUCCAGAUUCGUAUAUGAGAGAUAUUGUAGCGAAACCAUUUCAUAUUUACGACUUCAACGACGGCAACGAAGCACAUGGCUGGCAAUCGGUUGAAGUUGGAGCUGACCAGAGUGGUUCAGGGAAAAAGCCGACUCGGUAUCAUAAAGGGGCUCGGCAGGAAGGGACAGCAUUCCCUGGAGGUUCCAGGUUGUCUACUGUACACACAUUUUGGCACAGUUCCUCAUCUCACCCAGGACACACUACACACCCUGAACAGCCUCCCGUCUAUCACCCAGGUCACCUUGUCCACAAUAGCAGAACACCAAGAAGUGUUGGAAGAGUUUAAGGAUGGAUUCAGGGCGUUUGCAGGUCUUCAUGAUACUGUCUUGUACUGCUCGCUUCAUGACCCUGCGGCCCCCUGCCCAACGGGUUAUACUACCAACAAGACAGUGUCAGUGUGGGGCAGUGGUGGACGGAUAGAGCUGACAGUCGAGAAAUUCAUGGCUCUGCAGAAGACAGUGCAGCCAGACUUUUACCAGAGCAUGGCAGAUGGAGAGACCUGGCAGAACAACACCUCUCGCAAAAGGGUUCGAAAGUCGGUGGAUCGAACUCUAGCCCACUUGGACGAGUGUCUGCUGGUGCACCAGAAGGUACAGGAGUUGGAGGGAGUGGAGGUGUUCGGGGUGGUGGAGGGAGGAGACAUCCUGGAAGAGAGGGUUCGCUCUGCCAGGGAGACAGCCAAGAGGCCUGUGGCAGGUUUCUGUUUGGAUGGCCUGCAGACAGGCUCCAUGGACCAGACCCUGAGGACUCAGCUCAUCACUGCAGUGAAUAAGGAGCUGCCAGAGGACAAACCCAGAUUGCUGCAGGGCGUGGGUCGGCCUGAUGAGGUGCUGGCGUGUGUGGAGGCUGGCGUGGAUCUGUUUGAGAGUUUCUUCCCCUUCCAGGUGACAGAGCGAGGCUGUGCCCUGUGCUUCAACUUCGAUAUCUCUGCGGACCCGGAGCGCGCAGGUACAGCGCCCCCUGAAGUGCUUGAGCAGAAUAAGGAGGGGGACCCAGAAGGCGAGGCACAACACAAUGGAGACAUUAGUGUCGAAGAUCAAACGCAGAUGACGUCCUUUGAGAUCAAUCUUAAAGAUAAGAGGUACCAUGAUGACUUCAGGUCCCUGGUGGAGGGGUGUGGCUGCUACUGCUGUAUGAACCACCAGAGGGCGUACGUACACCACCUGCUGGUGACCAAUGAACUCCUGGCUGGAGUCCUGCUCAUGAUCCACAACACAGCCCACUAUCACGGCUUCUUCAGCGCCCUGAGAGAGGCUUUGGCCAACGAUAAGCUGGACCUCCUCAAGAGACGGGUCCUCAGAGACAGAGGCCAGAUAGAAACAAAAGAGUAAGAAGGAUAAACCUGACAGAUAAGUGAGGGAUUGAUGUUGGGGGACGUUCCUCUUAGAACGAUAACUGGACCGGCUUAGGAACUGGUAAUCACAAUCAAGUACCAUCUCGAGCUACAGGGUUCAGUCAGAGGAUAAACUGUGAUACUGCAGAGACCUGCAGAUUUUGUCAGUCCAGUGUUUUUGAAGUCUCAAGUGAAGGUAUGGGAGGGGCCUGGAAGGAGAACAGAGCAGAUAAAGUCAACCGUUUAAUGUUGGUACUCUGGCCUUGUGUCUAGGUUUAACAUCGGGAGGUUUCACUCCUGUAAACUUCGUAUUGAUCUGAGCAGAUAGCAAAGAGAUGAAGUCUGAGAUAGCUGGCUGAGGAGGGAAAGGAGCCUGGAGAAAAGUCGAGACAAAUUUGCAUAGGGAAAUGUGAGGAUGGAUGGAUUGUGGACUAUUGACUUUAACUGUCUGCGUUUGCUCCUUGAUCUGAUCUGACUGCAGGUCAGUACAUGACUAAUGUUCCCUCAGCUCAUCAACAAGGUAUGGCAACAGGUUAUUGGACCAAAAGAGAUUCUACUUUUCACAAGGUUAACAUUAAAUAUUCUUUUGUACCACA